CGGCCUCCCACCCUCCCGGCGGCCGUGAAGUGUCCCGGACGGCGGCUUUCGCGCUCCGCCCCUCAAGUUCCCGGCAAGCGGUAGGCGAGUGGGGAGCGAACCCGCGGUUCUCCAUGAUCCCGCUGGCCGGGGCCGUUUCCCCAGAGCCGAGAGGUAUCUGCUGCGCCUGAGAUGAGUAAACUGUCGUUCCGGGCGCGGGCGCUGGACGCCUCGAAGCCGCUGCCGGUCUUCCGCUGCGAGGACCUGCCCGACCUGCACGAGUACGCCUCGAUUAACCGAGCCGUGCCGCAGAUGCCCACCGGCAUGGAGAAGGAAGAGGAGUCGGAACAUCAUCUUCAGCGGGCUAUUUCCGCACAGCAGGUGUAUGGCGAGAAGAGGGAUAAUAUGGUUAUACCAGUUCCAGAGGCAGAAAGUAACAUUGCUUACUAUGAAUCUAUAUAUCCUGGGGAAUUCAAGAUGCCAAAGCAGCUCAUUCACAUACAGCCUUUUAGUUUGGAUGCUGAGCAGCCUGAUUAUGAUUUGGAUUCUGAAGAUGAAGUAUUUGUGAAUAAACUGAAAAAGAAGAUGGACAUCUGCCCAUUGCAGUUUGAGGAGAUGAUUGAUCGUCUAGAAAAGGGCAGUGGUCAGCAGCCAGUCAGUCUGCAAGAAGCCAAACUCCUGCUAAAAGAAGAUGAUGAGUUAAUUAGAGAUGUUUAUGAAUAUUGGAUUAAAAAGAGAAAAAACUGUCGAGGGACGUGUCUUAUCCCAUCAGUAAAGCAAGAGAAGCGAGAUGGUUCUAGCACAAACGACCCUUAUGUGGCUUUUAGAAGACGUACUGAGAAAAUGCAAACUCGAAAAAAUCGCAAAAAUGAUGAAGCUUCUUAUGAAAAAAUGCUUAAGCUACGUCGAGACCUCAGUCGCGCUGUUACCAUUCUUGAGAUGAUAAAACGAAGAGAAAAGAGUAAAAGGGAGCUAUUGCACUUAACACUGGAAAUUAUGGAAAAGAGGUAUAAUUUGGGUGACUACAGUGGAGAGAUCAUGUCUGAGGUUAUGGCACAAAGACAACCAAUGAAACCUACUUAUACCACCCCCAUCAUCCCUAUCACCAAUAGCAGUCAAUUUAAACACCAGGAAGUGAUGGAUGUGAAGGAGUUUAAAGUGAACAAGCAAGAUAAAGCCGACCUUACUCGGCCCAAGCGGAAGUACGAGAAGAAGCCCAAAGUCUUACCGUCUGCGGCUGCUGCUCCUCAGCAGACGAGCCCUGCUGCCCUGCCAGCGUUCAACGCUAAAGACUUAAACCAGUACGACUUCCCCAGCUCCGACGAAGAGCCGCUCUCCCAGGUUUUGUCUGGUUCUUCAGAAGCUGAGGAAGAGAAUGACCCUGAUGGUCCUUUUGCUUUCCGUAGGAAAGCAGGCUGUCAGUACUAUGCUCCUCACUUAGACCAAACUGGCAACUGGCCCUGGACUAGUCCUAAAGAUGGAGGACUAGGGGACGUGCGAUACAGAUACUGCUUAACCACUCUCACCGUACCCCAGAGAUGUGUUGGAUUUGCACGAAGACGGGUUGGGCGCGGUGGAAGGGUCUUGCUGGACAGAGCUCACUCCGACUAUGACAGCGCGCUUCACCACCUGGACUUGGACAUGCUUUCCUCGCCACACCAUUCUCCAGUCAGUCAGUUUGCCAAUACCUCAGAAACAAAUACCUCGGACAAAUCUUUCUGUAAAGACCUCAGUCAGAUACUAGUCAAUAUCAAAUCAUGUAGAUGGCGGCAUUUUAGGCCUCGGACACCAUCCCUACAUGACUGUGACAAUGGUGAACUCUCCAGUAGAAAAUUGUAUAGGAGCGUAACUCGAACAGGAACAGCACAACCUGGGACCCAGCUGUGCAGCGCCUCCACGCAGAGUAAAAGUAGCAGUGGUUCAGCACACUUUGCGUUCACAGCCGAACAAUACCAGCAGCACCAGCAGCAACUGGCGCUCAUGCAGAAACAGCAGCUCGCACAAAGUCAGCAGCAGCAGGCAAGCAGCGCCUCCUCCAGCACCGCCUCACAGAGUUUCGUCUCCAAGACUUUGGACUCUGCCAGUGCUCAGUUUGCUGCUUCUGCUUUGAUGACGUCAGAACAGCUGAUGGGAUUCAAGAUGAAGGAUGACGUGGUGCUUGGCAUUGGGGUGAAUGGCGUCCUUCCAGCCUCAGGAGUAUACAAGGGCUUACACCUCAGCAGUACUGCACCCACAGCGCUUGUCCAUCCAAGCCCAUCGACGGCAGGUUCGACGUUGUUACAGCCUUCAAAUAUGACACAGACUUCAAGUUCCCACAGUGCGCUGAGUCAUCAAGUAACUGCUGCCAAUUCUGCAACAACUCAGGUUCUGUUUGGGAACAACAUCCGAUUAACUGUACCUUCAUCAGUUCCCACUGUAAACUCUAUUGCCCCAAUAAAUGCACGACAUAUACCUAGGACUUUAAGCGCCGUUCCGUCAUCUGCCUUAAAGCUGGCUGCCGCAGCAAACUGUCAAGUUUCCAAGGUCCCAUCCUCAUCGUCUGUAGAUUCAGUUCCAAGGGAGAAUCAUGAGUCAGAAAAGCCAGCACUGAACAACAUAGCGGACAACACAGUAGCGAUGGAGGUGACGUAGCUGCUCAGGAAGGACCUGCAGCCUGGGGACACGAUUAGGUGCUAUGCAUCAGUAGCAUUUGGAUGCAAGGGAGGAUGGAAUGCAGCACAUGCGUUUCUGUGGCAGCUGUGGGGACUCGACAGCAUUGCUCAUCUCUCAUGCUUCAAGUUUUCUUUUCUUACUGUUAAUAGGAAGAAAAAUCAACAUCUGUAAAUUAAGAAUACAGCAAUUAUCUGUACAGUACUGCAUAUUUGUAAUACCCUUGUAUAUAUGUUACUUGAAUCCAGAAACGUUCACUUGUGAUGCUUUGCACUUGGGGGUGGGGGUGGGGCGCAGUAACCCAGAGUGUGAGAUGUGAGAUUGUGUAGAGAUGAAGCGUCGUCACAUCAUGUGCAUGGUGCGGAACCUGCUGUUUUCUCUAUUUAUUGUGCCGUGUUUACAGUUUUUUGUACACUGUACCCUCAUUGGUUCCUGUGCUGUAGUAAAUGUGUUAGGUAGCUGUGGACUCCUUGGUAUUUUGUAAAUGGUAUAACAUAACCUGGUUCCCCUCUGGGUCCUUGAGUUUUCUGUGUAUCAUGUGAAAAAAAAAAUGGUGACAUACAUACAGAAUUUUACAAAAAAAAGGCAUCAGUUUUUUUAAAAUGGGGAAUGUACUGUUAAUGGGGAUCUUCCUGGUCUACUAUCAUUAGGACAAGUAACAAGCUAAAAAUGAAGUCUCUUGAAUCUUCCCAUCCCCACUCGCCCACCCUGCGGUGGGCAGUUUCUGGUACUUAAAGCACUAAUGUUACGUUGCUGCUCUGCAAACAGCCCAGCAGUCCCACUUCCUUCCAACCAAAACGCAUUCAAUCAAGUAUGCAAGUGGAGUCCUUACAACUGGAGUUUAUGUUGUCUUGCCCUUUUUUAGCACAAAAUGUACUUUUUUAUUGUCGAAUUGUUUUAAAAGACUUCAUUCUUUACUUGUUCUUACAAAAGGGAUAUGAGGGAGAAGAAUGCAGUAAUUGCUGUACGUGUAUCGUCAUUCCAGUUUCUAACAACAGCCAGCUUUUUCCUUUAAGAUUCUCCAGAAGGCUGCAAGGCCAGAGCCACACAUAUCGGGUGCCUUCCUUUGGAAAUACUGACCUCUCUUCUGUGAAGAGUAUGGUACUUAACAGACUACUAGUGCUUGCUCAGUACCGCAGUCUGGAUGCCCGGGCCAAUGGCAUACAUUAUCCUUAAGGUUUUUAUCCCACCUGGAAAACUUGUGAUAGAAUUCUCACAAAAUAAACCCAGGGCAUUACAUGUUGACAAACUAA